AGCUGCAUGUCGGGGAUGGAAAACAAAUAAAAAGGAAAUAGCUGCAGAAUGAAAACAUGGCCGCACCCCAUCUUGCACCCCCAGGACCUGACAGCUUCAAGUAUUUCACCCGGGAGUCCCUCGCUAACAUCGAGAAGCGCAUCAACGAUGAGAAGAACAAGAAGCCGCCCAAGCCCAGAUCGGACAGCAGUCACCGCGACACGUCUGACGACAAUGAGCCGAAGCCCAACAGCGACCUGGAGGCCGGGAAGAGCCUGCCCUUCAUCUACGGCGACAUUCCUAAUGGAAUGGUGGCAACGCCGCUGGAGGAUUUGGAUCCAUACUACAUAAACCAGAAAACUUUUAUAGUCCUAAACAAGGGGAAAACACUCUUCCGCUUCAGUGCCACACCUUCCUUGUACAUCAUAAGCCCUUUUAAUCCAUUUAGGCGGAUAGCUAUAAAGAUUUUGAUACACUCGUUAUUCAGCAUGAUCAUCAUGUGCACCAUUUUGACCAACUGUAUAUUCAUGACAUUCAGCGACCCGCCGGAGUGGUCCAAACAAGUAGAGUAUACCUUCACAGGUAUCUAUACAUUUGAGUCGCUCACAAAAAUUGUUGCCCGAGGAUUUGCUAUCGAUAACUUCACCUUUCUCAGAGACCCGUGGAACUGGCUGGACUUCAUGGUCAUUUCAAUGGCAUAUAUAACAGAGUUUGUGGACCUUGGGAAUGUCUCGGCGCUGAGAACGUUCAGGGUUCUCCGAGCUUUGAAAACUAUUUCUGUCAUUCCAGGCCUAAAGACCAUCGUGGGUGCCCUGAUCCAGUCUGUGAAGAAGCUGUCGGAUGUGAUGAUCCUGACCGUCUUCUGCCUCAGCGUCUUCGCUCUGAUCGGUCUGCAGCUCUUCAUGGGGAACCUCCGGAACAAGUGCGUCAUCUGGCCGAUCAACAUGACCGAACAGUACCUGGAAAACGGAAGCAGAGGGUUUGACUGGAGCAAAUACAUCAUGAAUAACUCUAAUUUCUACUUCCUCCCUAAUGCGAUGGAUGCGCUACUGUGUGGAAAUAGUUCUGACUCAGGACGAUGUCCAGAAGGUUUUAUGUGCAUGAAAGCUGGAAGAAACCCAAACUAUGGUUACACCAGCUUUGACAGCUUUGGAUGGGCUUUCCUGACGCUCUUCCGUCUCAUGACUCAAGACUUCUGGGAAAAUCUCUACAUGCUGACGCUGCGAGCUGCAGGGAAGACCUACAUGGUUUUCUUUGUGCUGGUCAUCUUUGUGGGCUCCUUCUAUCUGGUGAAUCUGAUCUUGGCUGUGGUGGCCAUGGCUUAUGAGGAGCAGAACCAGGCCACGAUGGAGGAGGCCGAGCAAAAAGAGGCUGAAUUCAAGGCCAUGCUGGAACAGCUCAAGAAACAACAGGAGGAGACGCAGGCUGCUGCAAUGGCAACUUCUGCAGGCACCGUGUCGGAGGCUGCGUUGGAGGACGUAGAAGGAGGACACUUGUCCCGCAGCUCCUCUGAAGUCUCCAAGCUGAGCUCAAAGAGUGCCAAAGAGAGGCGCAAUCGCAAGAAGAAAUGGCGCCAGAAAGAGCAGGAGAAAGAGAAAGGAGACAGCGAGAAGGUCGUUAAGUCCGAGUCGGACGAUGGCAGCAAGAAAAGCACCAUCCGUUUCCCAGGAAGUCGACUGGGGAGGAAAACAUCCAUCAUGAACCAGUCACUUCUCAGCAUCCCCGGCUCACCCUUCAUGUCACGCCACAACAGCCGCAGCAGCAUCUUCAGCUUCAAAGGCCGCCCCAAGGACAUGGGCUCGGAGAACGAGUUUGCGGACGACGAGCACAGCACGGUGGAGGAGAGCGAAGACCGUCGAGGCUCUCUGUUCAUACCUUACCGUCGCAACAGCUACAGCGGCUACAGCCAAGGCUCGUCACGCAUCCACCCACUGGCCCCCCACUCAGGAGGGAAGAGAAACAGCACGGUGGACUGCAACGGCGUGGUGUCUCUCAUCGGCCCAGGGCCCGGCAGACGACUUCUGCCUGAGGUGAAAAUAGAUAAGGCAGCCACUGAUGACAGUACUACAGACGUGGAGAUUAAGAAGAAACACUCCGACUCGCUCAUGGUCUCUGUGGAUCAGCUCAACUCGUCCUUCAAAGGAAAGGAAAGAGCCAACAGUCAGAUGAGUGUGGUCACCAACACGCUGUUAGAGGAGUUGGAGGAGUCUCAGAGGAAAUGUCCUCCUUGUUGGUACAAGUUUGCAAACGUCUUCCUCAUCUGGGAGUGCUGUCCCUUCUGGCUAAAGCUUAAGCACAUCGUCUAUUUGAUUGUCAUGGACCCGUUUGUUGAUCUGGCCAUCACCAUCUGCAUUGUGCUCAACACCCUUUUCAUGGCCAUGGAGCACUACCCGAUGACUGAGCAGUUUGAGGGCGUCCUGGCUACUGGCAACCUGGUUUUCACUGGCAUCUUUGCUGGGGAGAUGUUUGCUAAGCUGAUUGCCAUGGAUCCCUACUACUACUUCCAGGAAGGCUGGAACUGCUUUGAUGGCUUCAUUGUGACUCUGAGUUUGGUUGAGUUGGGACUGGCUGAUGUGGAGGGUCUUUCAGUGCUUAGGUCUUUUCGAUUGUUAAGAGUGUUCAAACUGGCCAAAUCAUGGCCCACCCUCAAUAUGCUGAUCAAGAUCAUUGGAAACUCAGUGGGAGCUCUGGGCAAUUUGACCCUGGUGUUGGCCAUCAUUGUCUUCAUCUUUGCCGUGGUGGGCAUGCAGCUGUUUGGCAAAAGCUACAAGGACUGCGUGUGCAAGAUCGCAACCGACUGUGAGCUUCCUCGCUGGCACAUGCACGACUUCUUUCACUCUUUCCUGAUUGUAUUCCGAGUUCUGUGUGGGGAGUGGAUUGAAACCAUGUGGGACUGUAUGGAAGUAGCAGGACAGGCCAUGUGCCUUAUCGUCUUCAUGAUGGUUAUGGUUAUUGGAAACCUGGUGGUGUUGAACCUGUUUCUGGCCUUGCUGCUGAGCUCUUUCAGUGCAGACAAUCUCGCUGCUACCGAUGAUGAUGGUGAGCCCAACAAUCUCCAGCUUGCUGUUGCUCGCAUUAAGUAUGGGAUUGCCUGGUUUAAGGCCAACAUGCGGGUCUUCGUAGCAACAGUGCUCAAGAAGCCUGCAGAAGAGGAGCAGAAACCUUUGGAUGAAAUGUAUGAGAAGAAGCUUAACUGUAUUGCAAAUCACACAGUUGACAUCAACCGUGAACUGGACUAUCCCAAAAAUGGCAACGGUACAACCAGUGGCAUUGGGAGCAGCGUGGGGAAGUAUAUGAUUGAUGAGGACUACAUGUCCUUCAUUCACAACCCCAACCUCACCGUGUGUGUCCCCAUUGCGGUUGGCGAGUCGGAUUUUGAAAACCUGAAUACAGAAGACUUCAGCAGCGAAUCGGACAUUGAGAACAGCAAAGAUAAAAUACUGGAUGACACCAGUUCAUCUGAGGGCAGCACGAUAGACAUCAAGCCGGAUGUGGAGGAAGUGGCAGUGGUUGAAGUUGUAGAGGAGUACCUUGACCCAGAAGCCUGCUGGACUGACGAAUGUGUGGCUAAAUACAAGUGCUGUGAUGUUCCCAUCACUCACGGCUGGGGAAAGUACUGGUGGUUCCUGAGGAAGACCUGCUACCUGAUAGUAGAACACAACUGGUUUGAAACCCUUAUCAUCUUUAUGAUCCUGCUCAGCAGUGGAGCCUUGGCCUUUGAAGACGUGUACAUUGAACAGAGGAAGACCGUGCGCAUCAUUCUGGAAUAUGCGGAUCGGGUUUUCACCUAUAUCUUCAUCCUGGAGAUGUUGCUGAAAUGGGUUGCCUAUGGCUUUGUCAAGUACUUUACAAACGCCUGGUGCUGGUUGGACUUCUUCAUCGUGGAUGUGUCUAUAGUCAGCCUUAUAGCUAAUGCUUUGGGCUUCUCCGAUCUAGGCCCGAUUAAAUCACUCAGGACACUGAGGGCCUUGAGACCCCUCAGGGCCCUGUCACGUUUUGAAGGGAUGAGGGUUGUAGUGAACGCCUUGGUGGGCGCCAUCCCCUCUAUCAUGAAUGUGCUGCUGGUGUGUCUCAUCUUCUGGCUCAUCUUCAGCAUCAUGGGUGUCAACCUGUUUGCUGGAAAGUAUUAUUACUGCUUCAACGAGACCGCGGAAGAGUACUUUGAGCCAGACGAAGUGAACAACAGAACGGAGUGCUUUGCGCUCAUUAACGCAAAUUUCACUGAAGUCAGAUGGAAAAACGUUAAGAUCAAUUUUGACAAUGUGGGUGCUGGGUAUCUGGCUCUCUUGCAAGUGGCAACAUUCAAAGGCUGGAUGGAUAUUAUGUACGCAGCUAUAGACUCUAGAAAGGUGGAAGACCAGCCCCUCUAUGAGGACAAUCUUUAUAUGUACAUCUACUUUGUCAUAUUCAUCAUCUUUGGCUCAUUCUUCACCUUAAACCUCUUUAUUGGUGUCAUCAUUGAUAACUUCAACCAACAGAAGAAAAAGUUUGGAGGUCAGGAUAUUUUCAUGACAGAAGAGCAAAAGAAGUAUUACAAUGCCAUGAAAAAACUAGGGUCAAAGAAACCACAGAAACCAAUACCAAGGCCUCAGAAUAAGAUCCAGGGCAUGGUGUUUGACUUUGUGACGCAGCAGGUAUUCGACAUCUCCAUCAUGAUCCUCAUCUGCCUUAACAUGGUGACAAUGAUGGUGGAAACGGACGAUCAGUCAGAUGACACAGAGGUUGUGCUUUACUGGGUCAACUUCAUAUUCAUUGUGAUCUUCACCGGCGAGUUUUUACUCAAGCUGUUUGCGCUGCGUCACUACUACUUCACCAACGGCUGGAACAUCUUUGAUGUGGUUGUGGUCAUCCUUUCCAUUGUGGGAAUGUUUCUGGCUGAUCUGAUAGAAAAAUACUUUGUUUCACCAACGCUAUUCAGAGUGAUUCGUUUGGCUCGAAUUGGCAGAAUCCUGCGUCUCAUCAAAGGUGCCAAGGGAAUCCGAACUCUGCUGUUCGCCCUUAUGAUGUCACUUCCUGCUUUGUUCAACAUCGGCCUCCUGCUUUUCCUGGUCAUGUUCAUCUUCUCCAUCUUUGGCAUGUCCAACUUUGGGUAUGUGAAACACGGGGCUGGAAUUGAUGAUUUGUACAACUUUGAGACAUUUGGAAACAGCAUGAUCAUCUUGUUUAUGAUCACCACAUCUGCUGGCUGGGACGGUCUGCUGUUGCCCAUCCUUAACUACCCCCCAGACUGUGACUCCCACCUGGAGAACCCUGGCACCCCUGCCACUGGAGACUGUGGCAACCCAUCCGUGGGGAUUUUCUUCUUUGUUAUGUACAUCAUCAUUUCUUUCCUAAUUGUGGUCAACAUGUACAUUGCCAUCAUCUUGGAGAACUUCAGUGUGGCUACAGAGGAGAGCGCCGACCCACUCAGUGAGGACGACUUUGAGACCUUUUAUGAAAUUUGGGAGAAGUUUGACCCUGAUGCCUCCCAGUUCAUCACCUAUUCUAAGCUUUCUGACUUUGCUGAUGCACUUGAACACCCGCUGCGCGUCCCCAAGCCGAACACAAUCGAGCUAAUCGCUAUGGACAUGCCCAUGGUCAGUGGAGACCGCAUACAUUGUCUGGACAUCCUGUUUGCCUUCACCAAGCGUGUACUGGGUGACAGCGGCGAGUUGGACAUGCUGAGGCAACAAAUGGAGGAGCGUUUUGUAGCAGCCAAUCCUUCCAAGGUCUCGUAUGAGCCAAUUACCACCACCCUGAGGAGAAAGCAGGAAGACGUGUCUGCCAGGAUCAUUCAGAGGGCCUACCGUUCCUACCUGGCCCGGCGAGGAUUUGUAUGUAAGCGCAAACCAGCCAGCAACAAACCUGAGAACGAUGGAAACAAUCAAGAACAAGAAAAGAAGGAGGGCACGCCAUCAACUGCCUCCCUGCCCUCUUAUGACAGUGUUACCAAACCUGAGAAGGAGAAACAGGACGACAACAAUGAGGGGAAAGGAGAAAGGAAAGAGAAAGGAAGAAACCAAAAAGACAUCAGGGAAUCUCAAUGUUAGUGGGCAGGAAGGAAGAAUAAUCACAUUCAUAA